GAUUAAGUAAUUAAAGCUCGAAUCAAAGAAAGUUGAUGUUGGUCGGUACGGCCGGGGUGGCUGCACUACAGGAUUUCCGAAUCCGAUCGAUACUACCAACAAAUCCUCGAUCCAUGACUCGAGAGCCCUUGCAAAACAAAGCCCGUUCAUCGCCUGCACACGACUUAGCAGCUCAGGAAUGCAAAUACGAUUCUCUACCAACUAUGCUCCGAGCAUCCUGCGCGCAAAUCAUGAAGAAGAAAAACGUCUCCACGAUACUGGUUGUGUGCCUGCUGCUGCUCUUGUUUUUUUACCUUCUCAAUGUCGUGGUGCUUUUCUACCUCCUCAACAUUGCCCGCGUAAUAUCUAGAUCGUACGCCACACGUUCGACGACCACUCGAGAAGAUUUAUACACACAAACAUACAUCCAAGAAAAGCCAUGGAAUCAGGUCUGGGAGAGCCCGGAGCCCACUUGGUCAAUCACAUGUGACACUGCUCAUUUCGAGUACGAUCUGUGUUAUCUCAACCGUCCAACCGUGAUUGACCCAACGACUUCAACCGUAUCUGCAGUGGACCCCACGAACUCAACCCCUCCGACGGUGAUAAAGACACGCCCGUAUCCUCGUAAAGGGCAACCGGAAGCCAUGCAACGCACCCGAGAACUGACGCUCACCACGUCCCCGCUCAACGCUUCAUGCGCCGUCACCCACAACAGCCCGGCCCUGAUAUUCAGCGCGGGCGGGUUCGCGGGGAACGUCUUUCACGACUUCAACGAGGGAUGGGUCCCGCUCUUUGUCACGGUGGACGAGCACUUCGUCGACCGCGACAUCAUCCUUGCGGUCGUCGACUGCAACGAUUGGUGGCUGGUCAAGUACGCCGAGCUCUUCUCGCACUUCACGCGCCACCCCAUCGUGAACCUCGACAAGGAAACCGCCGCGCAUUGCUUCCCGUCGGCGAUCGUGGGGCUGAAAACGCACGGCGUCAUGAUCGUGGACCCCACGCUACAGCGCGGGCCCCGCCCCAAGACCAUGCUCGAUUUCCGGGCCCUCCUGGCAAACGCAUACGAUCCAAGCCUAGCCCUUCCCAGCCAAGUGCUACCAACCUUCUCGUCGGACGCCCGACCCAAACUCGCCUUCCUGAACCGGAUGGACACCCGGAAACUAAUCAACGAAGCGGACGUCCGGCAGGCCGCGGAGGAGGUCGGCUUCGACGUGGCGGUUUUCGGAGUCACAUCGGAGACGCUGAUGCGCGACCUGUUCAGGCUGGUCGACAGCAGUCACGCGAUGGUCGCGGUCCACGGAGCAGGUUGCACCCACGAGCUGUUUCUGCGACCCGGAUCCGUUUUCGUGCAAAUCGUCCCGAUCAACUGCGGGUGGCUGGCGGAUAUGUGCUACGGGAAGCUGGCGAUUCGGCUGGGGUUGGAGUACAUAGUUUACGAGGCAGGGAUUCACGAGAGCACGUUGGAAACGGAUGAUUUCGCGGUGAGGCAAGCGAUGGAGCCGCACGACCCGGCGUCGAGUUUGAUGGGUAACCUGACCAACUGGAACAGGUACAUGAGCCAGCAUGUGAAGGUUGAUGUGGUCAGGUUCAAGAGGUAUUUGAAGAGAGCUUAUGAGAAGGCUAAGCUAUUUGCUCAGAAACAGAAUUCCCAAAGUUAAUUUAGUCCAGGGACUCCACAAAAGUUAAGGAAAAAAUAUAUUUAUAAUACCUGAAAAAAAAGAAAAAUAAAAAAUAGUCCUGGAGAUAAUUAAUUGGGAGAUGAAUUUUUGGGUACAAAGUGUAUU